AUGGUCGCCUUCACAUCCUUCGUCUUUGCGUCGCUGCUCGUCUCCUCGACAUGGGGAUUUCCUCUACUCUCGCGCUCGUAUCCUGAUGGAGUCCCAGCGCUCAGGUUGCCUCCAAUCACGCACAAGGGCUUGUUUUGCUCCAUUCCAUUUGCUUCGUGGAUGAACUUGUGUCCCCGUACAACAUCGACUGUCAAUUCGUUGACCACCCAAACCCCAAUUGGGACUGCACAGGGUACAUCGGAUGUCGAUGGUGCUGUUCGUUAUGCGGUCAGGUAUGGAUCCGCAGAACGCUGGCAACAAUCGGAGGUAGUAACAACGUGGGAUUUCCCUGCUGGGGCAGCUAAUGCCUCGGGCCUUCCUCUGGCUUGCCCGCAGCCUAACGCUGCUGAUUCGACCUUCUCAGAGGAUUGCUUGGCCAUGCUACUCUAUGUCCCUGAUUCUAUUUCUUCUUCGAGUGGUGCGCCUACCAUGGUGUGGAUUCACGGCGGUUCCUUCAUCAGCGGCUCAGCCACUGGCCCUGGCCUCGACGGAUCCGCAUUGGCGGCUGCUACUGGUUCUGUCGUUGCCGUGAUCCAAUACCGUCUAGGAGCAUUGGGUUUCAUGGCGCCUAGUGGCGAGACUAAUCUUGCAGUUCUGGACGUCAUGACGGCGCUCUCAUUCUUGCAGAAAGUGGUCCCUAGUUUUGGAGGUUCCGCAUCGAAGAUAACCCUAGCGGGACAGAGCUCUGGUGCCAACAUGAUCAGAGCGCUUCUAGCCACUCCUUCUGCAUCAUCAAUGUUCCAGUCUGCAAUUCUUCAAUCGGACCCGAUGGACUACGGCUUUCUGAAUACUACGCUCCAGGAGACACUGUUGUCAAACUUCGUGUCCAACAUUGGCUGCAGUGACUCCGAUAAUUCUUGUAUCAACUCACUGUCUCUCGAUUCUAUCUUGACCGCUCAGGGAAACACCAUCACCUACAGUGCCAAUAAUUUGCCCGCGGCUGGUGCGGCAGAACCCAUCCGGCCCGUAGUCGAUGGAGAACUCAUUACCACGACGUUGGACUCGACGACUCCCUUCCCCAGCGUCUCUAAACCAGUCCUCAUCUCCAACGUUGUCGACGAGGCAGCAGUGACGAUCUACGGGUCGUUCGGCAGUCCUGUGGAGUAUUCAACGUAUGAUUAUGUCGUCAACCUCACGUUCGGCGAGCCUCGCGCGCAGCGCCUCCUUGCGAAUGAACUCUACGUCCCGCCUCCGACACCUGCGGACGGUGUGCAGGAUGCACGGCCUAUGCUGCAGAUCCUCGGCACGGAUCAGGUGUGGCGCUGUGCGACAUGGACGUUUGCGCGGAACUGGGCUGCAAACGGCGGGCAGGCGUAUGUCGGCAUGUAUAUGGUCGGUGCGACGUAUCCUGGCAACGAAGAUUACUCCGUAUGCACGGAGCCUGGUGCCGUUUGCCACCAGGAUGACAUCGAGAUCGUGUUCGGCACCGUACCUAGCCCGACAUCUGCACAGUCCGCACUGGUCACGGAGGUGCAAGCGCGUUACAGCGCGUUCUUGCACAAUGGGAACCCCAACACUGGGUCAUACGCAGAGUGGACUGCUGCCACUAGCGAAAAUGUCACUGCGCUUGAGCUUGGCGGAUCGGGUUCUUACCCCGUCGGUGCCUGCUAUUUGGGAUACUGGGGUGACUACGUGCCGUAUGACUACCAGGUCUAUGACAUCUAG